CUGACUGUCAAACAGCGGAGGCAGUCGCUAGUGGACUUAGAGGAAUAUGGCAAGAACUGCUGCGAACGUCCUCUUAAAACCACAUUUAAACCAGAAUGGACUGAAACGCGAAGACAUAAAGAGAAAUGGCUAUCAUAACAAGAGAGAGAAAGAUGGCCCAGUGACUUGUGUUGCCUCCAGGCAGCACAAGCAGGAGUCCUUUGAACAGGCCCCGAUGUACGUGGCUGUCAUGACAUACCUGGGCUUUGGCAUUGUCACGCUGUUUGGCUACUUCAGGGAUUUCCUCCGAGCUGUGGGCAUAGAGAAGUGCCACCUUGCCCAGGAAAGAGAGGAACAGAAGGACUUCGUGCCGCUUUAUCAAGAUUUCGAGAACUUCUACACUCGAAACCUGUACAUGAGGGUACGUGACAACUGGAACCGUCCCAUAUGCAGCCUGCCAGGACCAGUCUUUGACGUGAUGGAGAGGGUGUCUGAUGACUAUAACUGGACAUUCAGGUUUACUGGGAAGACGCUACACAAUGUCAUCAACAUGGGCUCCUACAACUACCUCGGUUUCGCUGAGAACAACACUGAUUUCAUGAAACCGGUGGCAGAAAAAACUAGCCAGUACGGGGUUGGGGUUUGCAGCACAAGACAGGAAAUAGGUAACCUGGACAUUCAUGAAGAGCUGGAGCAACUUGUGGCCACUUUCCUCGGAGUGGAGUCCUCCAUGACUUUUGGGAUGGGUUUCGCCACCAACUCAAUGAACAUCCCAGCACUUGUUGGCAAGGGUUGCUUGAUACUGAGCGAUGAGGUCAAUCAUACUUCUCUCAUCUUGGGGGCCAGACUAUCUGGAGCUACGAUCCGGGUGUUCAAACACAACAGUAAGUCCAGUAACACUUUAGCUUGAAAAUAGGUCAUAGAGCUUCUGCCUUACAACAACAUCAUACACAGCAUUAUUUAAGCUAUAGAAAAUGAUAUCCAUGUUUUUUCCGUUUGCCAACAGGCUUGAUCAAUCUCCUGCCAAACAAACAUUGUUGAUAGCACUAUGAAUUUUGCCAGCCCUAUAUUAUCUGUUAAUUUCAGUUUGAUUCUCUGUUCGUGCAGCCACCACUGCUCAUAUUAUCUAUUUUUUCCUCUAUUCAUCCUAAACUGUUGCUGCUGUGAGAAACACAUUACUUUUUGUGCGGUACAGGAUUUGCCUUAGGAAAGACCUACUUAACAUUCUGUGUUUAUAGCGGCAAAUGUAAAAGCUUUAAUGAAAUGGCUUCAGUUUACAGUCACGACUGCAUUUCAUCCAUUAGCAGCAGAGCAGCAAUCCCAAAGUUAAGCUUGUAUGAAUAUGUCAUCUAACUUUAAACUAAAUGCUCUCUAUUAUAUUGUCAAAUGACAUAUUGUCAAUAGAUGGAUGAUAUAUUACAUUCAUUGUGCUUGCAUUGGGAACAUCCCCUGCUUCUCCAGAAGACAGGACAAAUGAGCCAGUCCUCUGACGACAAAUGUGUCCUGACAGGUACAAGCAGAGCCAGUUAUGGUUCUCCCAAGUAAAUCCCGGAGGCCUUUCUAAAGGCAGAGAGCCCUCAGGCACCUGAGCAGCUAACCCUCCCUGCCUUUAUAGCUCCAGCAGCACUCUUUUAUUAGUACAAGGCCACUAUUUACCUAGAGGGUUAAACUCAGCAACAGAUAACUUUAAAAAAUAUAAAUUUAUUGAUGCAGCUCCUGUCUAAAAUGUCUGACACCCCUUUUUCAAGCUUUUGAAAUGUACCAGUGCUGUAUGUAAGUACCAGUGCUGUAUGUAAGUACCAGUGCUGUAUGUUUCACAUUAAAAGGAUAGUAUUCCAGAGAGUAGAUAAACCGGUUUGUUCAGUCUAGUAUUGUGAGGCUUGUGUGUUGUAAAUGCUACGCAUAGUUCAAGAUAAAGCUGAGGGACAUGCAUUGUAAAGGUUUGAAUUGUUAGUCUUCCAAACAUGUAUGAGUUUGUCUAUCAAGCUUGUAAAAUGUGUGUACUCGAGGGUCCAUAAGGAAUAAGAUAUUAACACAUUAUAGAUAUAUCCACAACUGUAUGCACGUUCCAUGUGUAGGCAAAUAUUUACCAUCCCCCUCAUCACAGUAGCUGGUAUCAGGCUGUUGCUCAUCUCAAAUCAGCGCUUAACUGUGAAAUCAUCUUUUCCUCAUUCCUGUCUGUGCACACGAGCUAUGUGGAUGACUCUUUUACUGUCUGGUUGGCUGAAUGUUGAUAUCGGUAAAAUUAGAUGCCCUCUGCUAUGUUGAAGUGAUUUUUUUAUCAGAAGAAGCAUCUGUCGCCUCUCCAGCAAACCUUUUUUUGUGCUGACGGGAGAUUUAUCGAUCUUCCAUGACAGAUAAUUAAUCAUGACAGGUUAUCAUGCUGCUCAACUGGAAAUGUUGGAUUGUGGUCAUGCUUUGAAUAAUUCUGCUUUGUAAACCAGCUAUUCAAUACUGCCAUCUGCUGCCCUUAACAGACCCAUACUCAACUCAGUUAGUAUCCUCCCUGUCGCAUAUAAUGCAGGUGUUAAUUUACAGUACAUCACACUGCAGAGGUAAAUUUGCUUUGAGUAGUUUGUGGAAGGUGUUUCUCACUGAUAAAGUAUGGCCUUUCCUGCUCUGUGUGAACUGCCCUGCCCUGUGGUGACUCUACUUGCCAUUGUUUGCUUUUAUUUCGAGCUCCUUGCAAACUAUGACUUGCAAAUUGUUACACUCUAUGAUGUAUAUUUCUUGUACAUAUAUAAUGUUUGUAAUUGUAUUAUAACAAGCCAUACUACACUACCCUUAAUGAGGUUUGAAUUUAGAUGUCGGGUCGUGCCGGCUUUCUCACUGUGUGUGUGUGUGUGUGUGUG